CUACUUGCUUCUCCAUCUCUUAUUAUUCUCAUUCCCUCUCCCUCUCUCUCUGCCUAGAUACACUUCUUUUCUUUUGAACUUUCUCCCUUCAUUGUUCAAAAGUUCAAAGGCAGAGAGAAGAGAAUAAUGGCGAGAGGUCUCAUUCCAUUGUUGUCAAUGAUUCUUGUUCAGUUGGCGUAUGCAGGGAUGAGUAUUACCUCAAAGCUUGCCCUAGAAGGUGGCAUGAACCCUCUUAUCCUUGUUGCUUAUCGUCAAAUCUUUGCCACUAUUGCCAUUGCUCCCUUCACUUAUUGGCUCGAAUGGAAAACAGUUCCGAGGAUGACAAGGCGCGUUAUGCUCCAAAUAGUACUUUCUUCCAUAACAGGAAUAACAGGAAACCAGGUUCUGUUCUUCGUGGGUCUAAAAUAUUCAACUGCCACAGUUGCGUGUGCACUCACCAAUUUGCUCCCAGCUUUUACGUUUGUCCUGGCAGCCAUCUUCAGACAAGAGAGUGUGGGAAUGAAGAGAAAAGCAGGGGUAGCAAAGGUGUUAGGAACAGUAGUGUGUGUAGGUGGAGCACUGCUUUUAUCAUUCUACCACGGCAAAACAAUUGGUAUAGCAGAAUCAAGCAUUCGUUGGAGCUUUGCGCAGAGAAUGGAAGGAAGAAGCAGCUCCAACGGGAACGGAAGCGCGCUUCUGGGUCCUUUUCUUCUUGUGGUUAGUGCCCUUGUUUGGUCACUUUGGUUCAUAAUUCAAGCAGACAUAAGCAAGAAUUUCCCAGCUCCAUAUACGAGCACAAACUACAUGUGUUUCUUGGCCAGCAUCCAGUGUGUCCUUCUUGCCUUGUCUUUUGACCAUACCCCCUCUUCUUGGUCCCUUCAUGAUCCUAUCAGACUUGUCUCUUCUCUUUAUGCGGGGGUAGUUUGCACUGGUCUAGCGUACUGUCUCAUGUCAUGGACCAUUGAGAGGAAAGGUCCUUUAUACGUUUCAGUAUUUAGUCCAUUGCAACUUGUUCUCACUGCUGUUGCUAGCUGGGCAUUGCUUCGGGAGAAACUAUACAUUGGAACUGUGAUAGGGUCUGUGCUGAUAGUUGGAGGGCUAUAUUGUGUUCUAUGGGGAAAGAACAAAGAGAUGAACGAGAUCAUUGCUGAAAAAGAGACAGUCAAGUACAACGAGAGUAAUGCAAAGAAUAGUGAUUUGGAGUUACCAUCUUACAUACCAUCCAACAAUGGUAAUCAUCGUGUAAUUGUGGAUGUUGCUUAAUAUAUAUACACACAGACACAACUACCCAUUAAGGGGAUUGAGGAUUGGAGAUCAUAGGACAUAAACUAAGAUGCAGCACAUGAUUCAUUCAUUGCAGGAUAUGCUACUACCAAUUAUUAGAGCUAGGCUCACCAUCUUUCUUUAUCUUUUUCUUCUCUUUUUUUCUCUGGUGAGAUACGUCCGAAAUAUGAUGGAAUUCUCUCUACUCUCUAGCUAGUUAGUGUUGUGUUUAAUAUUGUAUUAGUGAUUUGAAAUUGAUUCACAACGGUGGUAUCACUCUUUCUGUUGGAAA